CAACACCGCCGCCGAGCUGUCAGGCACGCCUUGUCAAUUGUCAUUCAUUCAGUACUUCGUACGUACGAGCGUAGUGUCGCGAGCUAAUAUAAUUGAUUUUCGUCGUGUUUAAUCACAGUAACAAUGUUGUAUUAGUGUCGUAUCGUGUAUAAGAGUAGUGGACAAUAUGGCUUAUGAUAUAACGUGGAUUAUCCCGCGGCUGCGAAGCCCGGGACGGUUGUGGACGUGUGCGAGCUCGAUAACCGUGGCUGUUGUCGGACUCUUCAGCAAAUUUAUCGUAGAGUUUCUGAACAAAACGACAGUGUACAAUAAGGAACAGCUCACGGCGGCUAUGAAGAGGCCUCCAGGAGUGCCGCUAAUAACAGUGUCCAACCACCACUCGUGCUUCGACGACCCCGGCCUCUGGGGCGUGUUAGACACAGGUGUUCUAGCCGGUUCCAUGGGUCGCCGAAUGCGUUGGUCAUUAGCAGCGCAUGACAUUUGUUUCACGAACGCUCUGCACGCCGCUUUCUUCGCGCUCGGAAGGUGUGUGCCGGUCCAACGUGGAGCAGGAGUUUAUCAGCCUGCGAUCGACUUCUGCAUCGAGCGGCUGACGAAAGGCGAGUGGGUGCACAUAUUUCCUGAGGGACGAGUCAACGUCAGCAAGGAGCACAUGAGAUUCAAAUGGGGCGUGGGCCGAAUGAUAGCGGAGUGCGCGGAGGCGGGGCGCGCGCCGCUCGUGUUGCCGAUCUGGCACGAGGGCAUGGACGCCGUGCUGCCCAACACCGAGCCCUACCGACUCCGCGCGGGCAACCGCGUCUGGCUGGCCGUCGGGCAGCCGGUGCCGCUCGCUAAUUUACUAGCCAGGUUAAAAGAAUCAAACGCGAGCGAAGAAGAGACGCGGCGAGCGAUCACAGAACGCGUCCAAAAUGAGCUGAUACGACUGCGGAUGAAAACGCACGAAGCACUCAAACGGGCGCUCGGCGUCGCACCGGCGCUGCUGGCUGGCAGGACCGACAUCCUAACGCAGCCGACAGACAUGCACGGCGACAGCGACUCCGCACACAACCACAGCAACGGUAAAGAAAAGGAGACAGAAAGAGAAAAAGACAAGGACAUCUAGUUCCUUUACCAUAAGUGUACCGUGUAUGGAUUCUGUGGCUAUCGGGUCCUGCGAGAGGCAUAAGGGUGACAAUAUGCAAAAUUGAACCUUAUCACUUUGAAAUAAAGUUCAAAAUCAGAUGGGAAAUUUCUUAUAAAGGCUUAACUGGCAGCUUUUAAACCUAUUGUAUAUACAUUAGGUACGAGUAUCGCCUCGAUCUUAACAGGACUUAACUGACAGGACUAAAUUUGUGCACACUGGACGCGUGUGUAGACGCGCGUUGUAAUAUACAGAUCUUUAUUGAAGACGGCACACCGCUUGCGUGACGUUUUAGCGCACGUGCACGUCUGCGCACACGCAGCCGGUGUGUUUUGGCCUUUAUUUCAAAGUCAUUUGAUGGUGUUAUGUGUGUUGCUGAUUGGGUUCUUUCAAACGAUUUCUCGCCUCAAAGAAACUUGUAUCAAGUAAAUGAGUCUUUAAAGUGAUAAUGUUGAAAGAAAAUCUCCACGGACUCGAAAAUUCCUGUGGACAUUUGUCGCUCGAAAUGUUGAAAAUGAUAAGAUAAUGGAGCAUAAUUUAAAUACGCGAAAUAUUUAGAACCAAAAUAUUUAAUGGAUAAAGGGUGUGGAAACUGCAAAGUUAUUAACGAUAAUAUGUGACGUUUUCAAGCAAAAGGUACCACAUUUUCGCUUACUAUAAGGACGAAAUUUGCUUAUAUCCUGUGUGUUUGCUAAUAACCUUUCACAACGUCUUUAUGGCAAAUGAUAAUGUACCUUAGGUACCUUUUGCUUGAAAACGACACAUAUGUAGGUACGUAGAAUCGCUCCAAAAUAUUACCUACUUACGUAUCCUUUAUUUGUUGAAAAUGUUCCGAAAAACCAUAUCUGAUUUCCGUCAAUUAAAGUAAGGACGCUGAGAACGAACAAUUUCGUACAUUCACCCGCCUGUUCCUAUCUCUAUCGCACGCGCAUAAUUAUAUUGCUGUCUCGCCCAUGAUGCCGGCGGCAAAUGCCACUGUUGACAGAUGACAAAUUUUCAUGAAUGGUAUCAAUCGAUCAGGUUUAUUUUUAGGAUCAAAUGUCUAUAUGGGACCCAUUGCAAACACCCAAUACAAAAGUCAGAAAUGAUAGUCAAAGUCCGACAGUCGUACUUUACUCGCGAAACGCUCCUAACAAAACCAUAAGGUAUAUAAUUAGGUAUUCUUUGUGUGUAUCUUUGUAAUGUUUUAAUGUGUAUCUUUGUGUGUUAUCUGUCGUGGCAUCACCGAAUGGGCCCUACGGAAGACCAGCGCUGGCUUUAUAGCUAGCAUUAUGCUGAGUUGGGUCCAUUUCGUGAUGCACACUUGAUGAUCUCUUCUUUUUUUGCUGUUGUUGUCUGUACAUGUUCGUACUUGUGUUGUGAUCGUCACGAAUAAAUAUCUUUUAUCUUUAUCUUUUUUAUCUUUAUAAGUGAACGUGACGUCAAGGUCGCUGAGAGCCCAUUUUGAAUGUAUGGACAAAACAUGAAAAUUGCGUUUUUGUCAGUGAAAUAUUGCAUAAAAUGUAAGGAAUCGAAUGGUGCCAAUACUUUUUUCCUUCUUGGAAGUUAAAAAAUUACUUAAAUUUUGAAACUUUCAAGUCCAAUAUUAUUGUAUUAUUUCCAUAUUUUAUUUUCAUAUCUACAUUAUUGUGAUAAAUUGCUCAUUUGCUAUCUAUGUUACUAGAUUUUGUUAUAAAAAUCAACAUGUGUCAUCAUCGCGAGUGCGAUAGAGAUAGGAACAGGCGGGUGAAUGUACGAAAUUGUUCGUUAUUCGCGUCCUUACUUUAACUGUGACAAUAAUAUGACAAUUUUUGUGACAAAACGAGCGACAAACGGCCAUAAUAGCGCGAUGCCUUCGAUAAAACGGACUUUGACAGUAUUAUUAUUUUGACAGCAAAGUGUAGGAAAAGGUGCCUCGAAUUUGACGGGAAUUAAUUUAGCUAUCAAAGGUA